UUCCAUUUUCCCUAUAAGAAUACUAGACACAAACUCAAAAAAAUAAAUAACAGAAGAGAAAAAAAGUUUUUUUUUUUUUUUUUUUUUUUAAGAUUAUAAUUUUGGUAUAAUAGAGAAAUUGAGAUGGCUGGUGAAUCGGAGCAAUCGUUAUUGGAUCAACACAAGGAAAAGCAUUUCACCGCCGGCGAGAUUGUCCGGGAUAUAAUAAUCGGAGUUUCAGAUGGACUAACGGUGCCGUUUGCAUUGGCGGCGGGUUUAUCAGGGGCAAAUGCGUCAUCUUCGAUUAUUCUUACGGCUGGAAUUGCUGAAGUUGCUGCUGGUGCUAUUUCCAUGGGACUUGGAGGUUAUUUGGCUGCAAAGAGUGAGGCUGAUCACUAUAUGAGAGAGCUGAAAAGGGAGGAAGAAGAGAUCAUCUCUGUACCAGAUACAGAAGCCGCGGAGAUUGCAGAAAUUUUGUCAGAGUAUGGGAUUCAGCCCCAUGAAUAUUCACCGGUGGUGAAUGCUUUGAGGAAGAACCCACAGGCAUGGCUCGACUUUAUGAUGAAAUUUGAACUUGGUUUAGAGAAGCCGGAUCCAAGGAGAGCACUGCAGAGUGCAUUUACCAUCGCGAUUGCUUACAUCUUGGGAGGAUUUGUUCCUCUGGUUCCAUACAUGCUCAUUCCUAUUGCAAGACAGGCUGUCGUCGCCUCUGUUGUGGUAACUAUACUGGCCUUACUAAUCUUCGGCUUCGCUAAAGGCUACUUCACUGGAAACAGGCCAUUUAGGAGUGCUUUCGAAACAGCACUAAUUGGAGCAGUUGCAUCUGCUGCUGCUUUUGGGUUGGCCAAGGCUGUUCAAGGCUAGAGAGUAGGGACCUUGACAUUUCAUGUUUCUUGUAAUGUAGUUUUUGUUGUUUUCAUCUUUUUGACUAUGUAGACCUCUGCUCUCUCACUAGUUUUGCUUUGUCUACCAUGUUAUGGUACAUGUUGUGGCAUUAAUUUUGAAUCGCGCUUUUUGUUAA